GUGUCUGCUUGAGCUCAAAGCUGAAGAGCCGCGCCUGGCCUUCGAUGGACAACGUGAUGAAGCGGCUUUGCACAUCCAUGCCGCAGGUGAUGGCGCACGUUGCCGUGCACAACGAGCUCGAGUGGCCGCUGCCUUUCGCGCAGCUCACGGUUCAGGCCGCGGACCAUUCCGUCAUAGCGAAUGGUGA